UAUUCACUAUGUAAAACUUGAAUUUAAACUGUAGAUAAUUUUUAUUGGUUGGUGCAUUAUUGUUUGAAAACAACGUGAAAAUAGAAGAUACUUUUUUUCAUAAGUGGACUAAUUUAAUAAAGAGGUACUUUUAGAGGUAAAGAGGUAAAAUUUAUGCAAACUGCCUUGAGUAUGCUUAUUAUAUGUUGUAUGAUACACAUAAUUAAAUUAAAUGGUCGCCAUUUCAUUGAAAAGUAAGGUAGGUAUAAUAAUAUUUAAGCAAGAGAUGUUUUAAACUGUUAAAUAUUUAACAAAUCCUACAAAAAAUAGACAUAUUUAAAAAUACAUACAAAGUCAUCUAGUUACUAGCAUGUUUAAAAAGUUGGAAGUCAGAAAUUGAAAACUAAAACAUGUUUAAGAUCCCUAAAAAACCUCCCCUUCAGUGUCCAAUAUGUAGAAAAAUAUUUUCAACUAAAAUGACACUGAAGUGUCAUAUAUAUUUACACACUGGCGAGCGUCCCUUUGGAUGCUUGACAUGUAAGAAAACAUUUAUUAAAUUAUGUCAAGUAAAGACUCAUUUGAUGACACAUUCUGGGAAGUGUCUUUAUAAGUGCACUACAUGUGGGAAAUCCUUCACAACCAAGGACAAUAUAAAGAUUCAUACAUUAGUUCACACAGGAGAGCGACCUCACAAGUGCACUAUAUGCGGAAAAUCAUUUAAUACCAUUACUAAAAUGAAGCAACAUACUUGGGUUCACACAGAAGAGCGUCCUCAUAAGUGUACUACAUGUGGAAAAUCCUUCACAACCAAUAGAAAUAUGAAGAUUCAUAAAUUGGUUCACUCAGGAGAGCGACCUUAUAAAUGUGCCGUAUGUGGAAAAUCCUUUAAAAAUAAGGACAAAAUGAAGAAUCAUAUAUUAGUUCACACAGAAGAGCGACCUUAUAAGUGCACUACAUGUGGAAAAUCUUUCAAAACCAAGGACACCUUGAAUUUUCAUGCAUUGGUUCACACCGUAGAGAGACCAUACAAGUGUACCACAUGUGGAAAAUCCUUUAAAAGCACCAGAGAUCUGAAGAUGCAUACAUUGGUUCAUACAGGAGAGCGACCUUAUAAAUGUACUACAUGUGGGAAAUCCUUUAAAUGCAACAAAGGUUUGAAACAACACACAUUAGUUCACACCAAAAAGCGACCUUUUAAGUGUACUACAUGUGGAAAAUCCUUUAAAUGCAUCAAAGAUAUGAAGAUUCAUACAUUGAAGAUUCAUACAUUGUUUCACACCGGAGAGCAACCUCAUUGUACUGUAUGUGGAAAAUCAUUCCGAACCACUAACCAUGUGGAGAGACAUAAAUUAGUACACACAGAAGAGCGACCUCAUAAAUGUACUAAAUGUGGAAAAUCCUUCAAAACCAAAGACAACAUGAAGUAUCAUACAUUGGUUCACACAGGAGAGCGACCUCAUAAGUGUGCAACAUGUGGAAGAUCCUUUCGUAGCAACAAAGAUAUGAAGAUGCAUAUAUUGGUUCACACCGGAGAGCGACCUCAUAAGUGUACUACAUGUGGAAAAUCCUUUAAAACUAACAGAUAUAUGAAGAUACAUACAUUAGUUCACACAGGAGGGAAACCUCAUAAGUGUACUAUGUGUGAAAAAUCCUUUAAUACCAUUGCUGAAAUGAAGAGACACACAUUGCUUCACACAGGAGAGCGACCUUUUAAGUGUAUUAUAUGUGGGAAAUCCUUCACAACCAAUAGCAAUAUGAAGACUCAUAAAUUGGUUCACUCAGGAGAGCGACCUCAUGAAUGCGCUAUAUGUGACAAAUCCUUUAAAAGAAAGGACAAAAUGAAGAAUCAUCAUUCAUUGGUUCACACCGGAGUGUGACAUCAUAAAUGUACUACAUAGGAAAAACCCCAAAAUCAGUUUUUGAAAUGAAUUAACAUUCAUUACUUCAUACCAAAUAGAGACCACAUAGUUGGAUUACAUGCGGUAAAUCCUUCAAAACCAUCAACAAAUAUUCAAUAAAUCAAUCAAUCAAAUUUAUUCAUCACAAAAAUUCACAUUACAGAGGCUGAAUAUUAGCAAUGAAUAUGUGACAUGUCAGUACAAAUCAUGUAUUAUAAAUAGUUUACACAUAAUAAAUAUAUACAAAUAUUAAAAUUAUAGUUGACAGGAUAAAAAUGAAUUCAUGUCAUAAGGACGAAGUGCAAUCAAUUUUUCUGAAAGUUUCUUCUUAAAAUUAUUAAAGGUCAAAGACUGGUCUGUGAAAUAAAAGGACAAUUUGUUGUAGACUUGUAUGCAUUGAUAAUAGGGCCCAUUGUGAAACAAAGCUAAUCUGUGGCUUUGAAUUUCCAAAAGUUGUUUGUGUCUAGUUUCAUAAUUAUGAGUUUUUUUUACAGUUUUCAAAUAAAUAAAGGUUGUUUUUAAUUAGGGAUGGACGAGAUUGGAUUUUUAGUUCGAGACGAGACGAGACGAGAUUUCUCUUCUCAUACACAACGAGAAAUGCACGUUCAAAAUUUUUACCUGAUUUUGUAACAUUGUUAGAUGACUGUUUAAAUACUAAAAUAAUGAUAAUAGGCAAGAAUAUUUACAAUCUUUCAUUAAAUAACAUCAGCAUAACAUUUUUUUAUUAAUCACGCCUAACUUAUUAAAAAUGCCUACAAUUAGGAAACAUGGUGAUAUCAGUUAGGAUAGAGUUCAACUUAUCCUAAAAUAAAAUAAAUCAUAAAAUAAAAGCAAUAUUAAUUUUUAUAAAAUAAUUACUUGUUUUGACUUUUUUUAUAGUAAUAAAACAUUCCUCACACUGCUUACUCUUAACAAAACUUCUCAAAUGUUAUUAAAGUAAUAUUAUUAAAAUAAUGAAAGUAAUAUUUACAUUAAAAGAAUUAAAGUAAUAUUUACAUUAAAAGAAUUAAUUAAAUAAGAACGCCUUCGAAAAGAAAACGCAACUACAACACGCUCCUGUAUUGCGGGUAUUGCAUUGACUUUCUGCAGGCGUUUUUAAUUUUUUUUUAUUUAAUUUUUUUUUUUAUUCUCGUCUCGAUAAAAAUCUCGGCCAAAAAGUAAUCUCGUCUCGUGUAACGAGAUUGAAAAUUUCCCGAAAUUUCGAGACUUGACCAUCCCUAUUUUUAAUGAAAAGUGCCAAGUGUAAAAUAUAAAGAGCAGGAAGGGUCAAAAGUUUGAAUUUCUUAAAACUGGAUCUACAUGAUUUUCUUGAGCUGAUGCCGGCAAUGACUCUGAUGGCCUUUUUUUGCUGUUUAAAUAUAUAUUUGCUAGAAGGUGAAUUUGCCCAGCACAACAAACUGUAAGACAUAAUUGAUAAGAAAUAAGAAAUGAUUCGAAAAACCGUCAGUUUAAUACACUACAUGAAUUUAAAUAAUUGUCAUAAAAUAAAAUGUUGCAAAGAUACAAAUCUUCAUUGUUCAUCAAAUUUCGUGUUGUUCAAAUCUUCAUUGUUCAUCAAAUUUCGUGUUGUUAUAAAGGUUGAUCGAGAAUAAACCGGACCUUUUAAAAAUAAACAUUACUACUCAUUAGAUGUACUGUAAAUAAUUAUAACUUUUAUAUUUGUAAACUCUUGCCAUCUAAGAAAUGCACUAGUAGGUUACACUUGUCGCAUAUCCUUAACUUUUAGAAAAAAUAUCAGGUGGAGCUUACUUUCACUCAUGGAGGUUUGAAUUUUUUCUUCAAUUCUUCCAUUACACGUCCUAGCAUUUCACAGCCAUCAACAAUGUUUCUGCCACUUCUUGGUCAAUGGCGUCCUUUUAAGAUCCAUCAGAGUUUGGGGUUCGUUGAGAAGAACAUAUCAAUAAAAAAUUCACAUCCGCACAAAUCUCUUGAUGUUGUGGCUACAGAAUAUCACAGAAAUUUAAAAUAACCCUUCAUAGAAACUUAAUACACACCAAGGCCAUUGAAUCCUUAGUAGUAUCAAUGGUUAAGUAUGAGGGGCGGACCCAGGGUUUUUGGUUGGGAGGGGCUUCCUAAGUAUCAACUGUGUCCAUUAUAUGGCUGUUAUAAAUCUAGUAUUACUAUAUUGUACUGCAGAACUGGAUAUUACAUCAGCAUACUAGUGACUUCAAUUUCUCUGUUAAUAUUUAAAGCCUCUUUUAUCAUCCGUCACUACUAGUCUAGCUUUUCAGACUACAGAAGCACCUUGACAACACCAUAACAUACAUUGUACUCCUAAAUGCUGGUUGCUAUUGGUAACAAUUUAUGAUGCAAUUUCUUACACAAGAGGUUGAACAUGGAGCUGUGCUGUCUCUUUGCAACUCUAAAAAAACACCUGUUCCUUGCUGUAUUUAAUUCAAGUUGAACAAUACAGCUACAAUGAUAUUUCAAAACUUACUAAAUUAGUAGAAAAUGUAUACAGCUAAACCCCGUAAAGAGCUAAUCCUAGGUAUUUCUUUGUGCUAGGGGAUUUAAGCCCAAAACCAAAUGUCUGACCUGUGACCUAAAAAAUGGCUUGAGCACAUUUUAUAAACACUAACGUAUUCAAAGCUUGGCAAGCCGUUUCAAAAUCUACAAUGUAACAGUUAUCUUUUUGGCCAAGCAGCUUCCAUUUUCUGAUUAAUUCUAUUUUUUCUCAAAUUUCUAAUUGACUUGUGAAUUGGCCAAUAAAAUGGAAGAAUAUACAGCAUUGAAUGACCCCCCCCCCCCCCCACCCUACUCCUGACAACAACUAUCCACUUAAUAAAAGAAUGAUUUCUGUCCGUCACCCUGUACAACGAUUUGUAUCUAGAAGUGUUUAUUAAUUUAUAUGAAUUAAUAUUCUAUAGGGGUUUUUUACAUACACGUGACAUCUCACAACUUAAAUACAGUGUUUUUACAACUACAGUAUCGUGAGACACCUUUUUACAACAGAAUCUGCUUAUAUGAUGGUAUCUCUGUCUUCUCAACUUCAUUGCUUCAUUGAUUAGCUAAUUUGCAUGGUUUACUUUAUCUAUAGAUUUCUGUGGCUAUUGAUAAUUUAUUGGAAAUAAGAUUACAGAAUCAUAAUUUUUUCACAUGCUCAAACAGAGCUUGUGAAAAUGCCGAGUUGAGACGUAUUCACAAUAAAUUCCCAAUACAGUAACACUAAAAUUCAUAGAUAACCAUGCAAAUAUCCAUAUCAGCUGAUUGGCAAUAAAAUAUAGAAAGAUAUACCAAAAUGUAAGUUUUUUGUCGUCUUAUAGUCCUUGUAAUUUGGGUUGUGUUUUAAACUAACACCCUUUAUAAAAUGACCUGAUCUGUUAUUUUAGUAGCCUGGGGUCAGGCUUUCCAGAGCUAUUAUCUGAUUACUAUGUAUUACCUUUAACCAGGGAACCCACAAAUGUUAAGCAUUUGUUAGCUUUAACAUUUGAUUUUAUGUAUAUUUCGAUAAAUAUUUUAUUAUUUUAGCUUGUCAAAUUGUCCACACUCUUAGUACCUUAACUGGCUUUAACAGUAUUUCAGUAAAAUUCAUUAUCUGUAUUGGUAAAAAAUAACAUAUUUUCUGUAGAUUUAUCAAAAUGUUUGUAAUUUAUUAUAUUUUUAAUGAAAAUAAGAGGUUGAUCAAUUAAUGUAUUGGAUCUACAUUAAAUCUUUGAUUGGGAUAACCUACAUUAUUCAUAACAUGUCUCACAUAUGUAGUACACAAUCUAAUAUAUUAGUUUAAGUAUGUUUGUUAAUUUUUGUAUC